AUGGUUUUCUCUAAAUCCGGCCAAUACGAUUUGUGCAGAUGGAAAUUGCUGCAAAUUGCAGUCGAUGAGAGGUACAAGCAAUUCUGCGAGUUCGGCAAAGAAGGCGGCGUGACGUCACAAGGGUUCCUGACGGGUUCCGUAGAGGCACCUUGGGAGAGGGCCAUCACUCCGAGCAAAGUGCCUUAUUAUAUCAACCAUCAGUUGGAAACGACGCAUUGGGAUCACCCCAAGAUGAUAGAUUUGAUGAACUCUUUGGCCGAUUUGAACGAGGUUCGAUUUUCGGCCUACAGGACGGCCAUGAAGCUGAGGGCCGUACAGAAAAAACUAGGAAUGAACAUGUUGAGUCUCUCCAGUGCCCUAGAAGCUUUCGACAAUCACGGAUUAAGGGCCCAGAAUGAUAAACUCAUCGAUAUCCCUGAUAUGGUGACUGUCUUGACGUCUCUGUAUGAAAUUAUUGCAAACGAGAACCCGAAGGCCCAAAUCAACGUCCCAUUAUGUCUCGAUUUGGCCAUAAAUUGGCUGUUGAAUGUUUACGAUAGUCAACGAACUGGCCAAAUCAGAGUUUUGAGCUUUAAAGUCGGUUUGGUAUUACUUUGCAAAGGUCAUCUCGAAGAAAAGUAUAAGUAUCUUUUCCGGUUAAUAGCCGAUCCUAAUCGUUUGGUCGAUCAAAGGAAGUUAGGAUUGCUUUUGCACGAUUGCAUUCAGGUGCCGAGACAGCUGGGUGAAGUUGCAGCUUUCGGAGGUUCAAAUAUUGAACCGAGCGUUAGAAGCUGCUUUGAGAAGGCCGGAAAGGAUUUAACAGCGAUCGAAGCAAUGCACUUUUUGAGUUGGCUCCAGCAGGAGCCCCAGAGCAUGGUUUGGCUGCCGGUGCUGCACAGAUUAGCUGCUGCCGAGGCAGCUAAACAUCAAGCCAAAUGUAAUAUUUGUAAGGAGUAUCCGAUCGUUGGUUUCAGAUAUCGUUGUCUGAAAUGCUUCAACUUCGACAUGUGCCAAACCUGUUUCUUCUCAGGACGAAAAGCCAAAAACCACAAACUGACACAUCCGAUGCAGGAAUACUGCACCACGACAACCUCCGGUGAAGACGUUCGUGACUUCACAAGAGCUCUCCGUAACAAAUUCAAAUCCAAGAGAUACUUCAAGAAGCACCCCCGAGUUGGCUAUCUACCAGUCCAGACUGUUUUGGAAGGCGACGCCCUGGAAAGUCCAGCGCCGUCACCACAGAGGUCAGCACUCGCUCCCGAUAUGCAUUCCAGGUUGGAGAUGUAUGCAACCAGGUUGGCCGAGGUUGAACUGAGGACUAGGAGCAAUUCUACACCGGAUUCUGAUGAUGAGCACCAACUGAUUGCCCAAUACUGCCAGUCUCUAACCGGUCCCAACGACUCCAAUAACACGAACUCCAAUUCGGCGCCCAGAAGUCCGGUUCAAUUGAUGGCGGCCAUGGACGCCGAACAAAGGGAAGAAUUGGAGGCAAUGAUUAGAGAGCUGGAGGACGAAAAUAAGGCGCUUCAAGCCGAGUAUGAACGAUUAAAAAAGGACGGCGGUGAUAAAAACGAGAGGGGGGAUAGACAUGAUGGUGAUGAGAGGGAUGGCGGAGGGGUUAAUGGAAAUGGUGGAGCAGGUAAUAGCGAUACUCUGACGAGAUCUGGUAACAGCGAUCAGGAUAUGGUGGCCGAAGCGAGGCUGCUGAGACAGCACAAAGGGAGACUCGAGGCCAGGAUGCAGAUUUUGGAGGAUCACAAUCGACAGUUGGAGGCACAGUUGCAGAGAUUGAGACAACUUUUAGAUGAGCCAAAUGCAGCUUCUCCGUCUAAAACUGGAACUUUGCAAACGAGAUCAGUGACGGCUUCACAAUUGGCAACGGAUUCACCGGCUAAGAUGCAGAAUGGACUUUAUCAUGAGUCGAUUUCAGGAGGUUGGGCAGAUGGUAGAAGUUCUUGGACAGAUGGACGAAGCAGUCUGGAUAGGCCUCCACCGCCUGCACACAAUGUGCAGCAGACGAUGGGCAAUCUUAUGCACAUGGCAG